AUGGCGUCUAUAUCUCUGCUUAAUCCGAAAGCCGAGUUUGCAAAAGCUCAAAAUGCCUUCCGAAUCAACGCUACAGCCGCCAGAGGAUUGUUUGAAGUUCUGAAAACAAAUUUGGGUCCUAAGGGCACAAUGAAAAUGUUAGUCUCAGGUGCGGGUGACAUCAAGAUAACCAAGGACGGAAAUGUUCUUCUUCACGAAAUGCAAAUUCAACAUCCUACGGCCAGUCUGAUUGCGCGUGUAGCUACCGCCCAAGAUGAUAUUACCGGAGAUGGAACAACGUCUGUUGUCGUACUUAUUUCCGAGUUGCUCAGACAGGCUGAGCUUCUAAUAACAGAGGGUCUCCACCCCCGGCUUGUAACCGAGGGUUUUGAUUUGGCUAGAGAAAAAUGUCUCGAAGUCUUAGACCAGUGCAAAGUCUAUAUCUCAGCUGAAAUGUCGGAAAGGGAUAUUCUCCUAGCCGUCGCCAGCACUUCACUUCGCACUAAAGUUCAUCCAGACUUGGCUGCUCUUUUGACCGAAAGUACUGUGGAUGCAGUGCUGGCUAUUAGGCAGCCGGAUGAGCCGCUGGACCUGCAUCGUAUAGAGAUAAUGGAGAUGCAACACAAGACCGAUAUGGACACAAACCUGGUCCGCGGUCUAGUCUUGGACCACGGUGGCAGGCAUCCAGACAUGCCCAAACGUGUCACAAAUGCAUAUAUCUUGAUCUGCAAUGUUUCUCUGGAAUACGAAAAGACUGAGAUCAAUUCAGGUUUCUUCUACAAGACUGCCGAAGAGCGAGAAAGUCUUGUCAAAUCAGAGCGCGAAUUCAUCGAUAAAAGAGUCCAGUGCAUCAUAGAUUUAAAAAGGAAAGUCUGCGACGAAGCUGUUGGGCAGGGUGACACUAAACCUGGAUUCGUCUUAAUAAAUCAGAAAGGCAUUGACCCCAUCUCUCUUGACGCUCUCGCGCGCGAGGGUAUUCUCGGUCUUCGUCGUGCCAAACGCCGAAAUAUGGAACGACUCGCCCUAGCAUGUGGUGGAUACGCUGUGAAUUCGGUCAACGAUUUGACUCCCGACUGCCUUGGAUACGCUGGUCUAGUGUACGAAUACAUUCUUGGGGAGGAAAAGUUCACUUUCGUGGAAGAUUGCAAGGAUGCCCAGUCAGUCACUCUUCUCAUUAAGGGCCCGAACAAACACACUAUCUCGCAAAUCAAAGAUGCUCUUAAGGACGGCUUGCGUGCAAUUAAAAAUACUAUUGAAGACGGGUGUGUGGUACCGGGUGCUGGCGCUUUCGAAAUCGUUGCCCAUCGCGCCUUAAAGAAGUAUGAGGAGACAGUCAAAGGCCGAGCGCGAUUGGGUGUUCGAGCUUUUGCCGACGCCCUCCUCAUCAUACCCAAGGUUUUGGCUAACAAUUCUGGCCACGACCGUCAAGAAACAAUAGUUCGUCUCAUAGAAGAAGCGGCUCUGGUUGAGGCGCGCAAGGCACCACCUAAGGAGAUGGUCGGUCUUGACCUGGCUACCGGGGAGGUGAUCCAACCUGCUCAACUGGGCAUCUUUGACAACUACAAUGUGAAGAAGCAAAUUGUUGGAUCCGCGGCUGUUAUCGCUACCAACCUGCUACUGGUCGACGAAAUCAUGCGCGCUGGACUCAGUUCGCUCAAGGGUUAA